GACUUUAAUAUACAUUGUAUCUGCCCAUCUUCUUUUCAUCCUAUUUCAAAAGAAAAAAAAAGGAAAGAAGGAAAAAAACCCACAAAGACUACUCAUCUUUGGCACCGGAGAUUCAAUUAGAAACGAAAGGCAAAGCUACCAGAACUAAGACGUUGCAGCAGACGGCAGUCCAGCAUGUUAGCCGCUUCAAAGUGCUUGAGGGUCUGCGAGCUCUUCCGGAGCAGAGCAGAGAUGAAUGCGCACGGUUUCUGUCGAAGCACAGUGCUCCCAAGCCGGUGGAGCACCAGUCACCGGAUUUCUCGAGAGCGUUGGCCUCGUGUAGGACCUAAAGAGGUAAUGAAGAAUAGGAAUUAUGGGUUUUCUGGAGAAUUGGCUAUUGGUCGUCACAAACUGGAUAAUGUUGCAAGCAAAACUGGGUUUUUUAGGCAUCUCACUGGGUUUCUGUCGGAUACGCCUUCACCUGGGCUGCCUCGACCAUAUAGAGAAUCUAAUUCGUUAUACAAGGGUUAUGCAAUGUUUUCAACAUCAGUGGGUGAUUUGAAGCGCACACAGCAAGUGAGAGAGCAAAACCAAACCAAUAUAGUUGUUAAAGGAGCUUCUGAAGAAAAAAUCGCAGACAUGACUAUCCUGCGCACUCUUGCAAAGUACUUAUGGCUGAAAGAUAACCUUGAGUUUCAAUUGAGGGUGGUAAUGGCAUUGGGUCUUCUGGUUGGGGCAAAGGUUCUAAAUGUUCAAGUUCCAUUCUUAUUCAAGCUUGCGGUGGAUUGGUUGACAAAUGCUACAGGGGCUGGUGGUGCACUUUCCUCAUUUAUGACAGCUAAUUCCACUGUUGUUGCGCUUUUUGCGACUCCAGCAGCUGUUCUAGUUGGGUAUGGAAUAGCAAGGGCGGGGGCAUCUGCUUGCAACGAGUUGCGGAAUGCUGUAUUUUCUAAGGUGGCAUCACGGACCAUCCGAUUAGUUUCUAGGAAGGUGUUUUCCCAUUUACAUGGUCUUGACCUUCGGUACCAUCUAAGUCGACAAACAGGUGCGCUCAAUCGAAUAAUUGACCGUGGUAGCCGCGCAAUAAACUUUAUUCUUUCAUCAAUGGUGUUUAAUAUUGUACCCACUAUUUUGGAGAUAUCUAUGGUGUCAGGUAUUCUGGCAUACAAGUUUGGAUCAUCUUUUGCAUGGAUUACAUCUUUAUCCGUUGCUGCAUAUGUUAUUUUUACCCUAACUGUGACACAGUGGAGGACUAAGUUUAGGCAGGUCAUGAAUAAAGCUGAUAAUGAUGCAAGCACAAGAGCAAUAGAUUCACUUAUAAAUUAUGAGACUGUCAAAUAUUUCAACAAUGAGGCUUUUGAAGCUGAGAAGUAUGAUGAAUUUUUAAAGAGGUAUGAGGAUGCUUCUUUAAAAACUCAAAGUAGUCUUGCUCUCUUGAACUUCGGCCAAAAUGUGAUAUUUAGCAUGGCUCUAUCAACGGCAAUGGUGUUAUGCUCACAUGGAAUUGUGAAUGGCAUGAUGACUGUUGGUGAUUUGGUUAUGGUAAAUGGACUUCUCUUCCAGCUAUCUCUUCCUCUCAACUUCCUUGGGAGUGUGUACCGAGAGACCAGACAGAGUCUUAUUGACAUGAAAUCAUUGUUUCAAUUACUUGAGGAGAGGCCUGAAAUUGGAGUUAGACCUGAUGCAAAACCACUAACAUUGAGAGGAGGAAGCAUUGAAUUUGAAAAUGUACACUUCGGGUACCUCAAAGAACGAAAAAUUCUUGAUGGUAUCUCAUUUGUUGUACCGACAGGGAAAAGUGUAGCUAUUGUUGGAACCAGUGGUAGUGGUAAGUCAACCAUACUUAGAUUGCUGUACAGAUUUUUUGACACUCAUUCAGGAGCUAUAAGAAUAGAUGGCCAGGAUAUACGGGAUGUGACCCUUGAGAGUCUCCGGAAGUCUAUUGGUGUUGUACCACAAGAUACUGUGCUUUUCAAUGAUACAAUAUUCCAUAACAUUCACUAUGGCCGUCUAUCAGCAACAGAAGAGGAGGUAUAUAAUGCUGCUAGACGUGCAGCCAUCCAUGAAACUAUAAUGAAUUUUCCCGAGAAAUAUUCAACUGUGGUUGGAGAACGUGGACUUAAGUUAAGUGGUGGUGAGAAGCAGCGGGUGGCACUUGCUCGUGCAUUCCUGAAAGCCCCAGCCAUUCUGCUUUGUGAUGAAGCUACCAGUGCACUUGACAGUACAACUGAGGCUGAGAUAUUAAAUGCAUUAAAGUCUGUAGCAGAGAAUCGAACAGCAAUCUUCAUUGCUCAUCGGCUUACAACAGCAAUGCAGUGUGAUGAGAUUAUUGUCCUGGAAAGUGGGAAGGUAGUUGAACAGGGACCCCAUGAAGUUCUCUUGUCAAAUGCAGGAAGAUACGCUCAGCUGUGGGGACAACAAAAUAACACUUCUGAUGGGAAUUAAUUAGACCAUCAAAGUGGAGGCAAAAUUAAUUUUCCCUUUGAUGUUGCAAAAAAUUUUUUAUUGGUCAUGUUGUAUGAUAGUUUCCUAGGUUUUUAGCUCCCUAUAAACAUGGUAAUUCUUUAAUAUUUUAUAGGAGCUAAACUUGAGAAGAAUUACACAUUUUCAUUUGUACAAUUACUAAAACUCUCUCUCUCUCUCUCUAAUUGUAAAUCUUCCCAUCUACUAUUUACAAUGUGCCAUUACACUAAAUAACUAGAACGAUUGAAUAGAUUGUUCAUUCUUGA